GCAAUUUGACUUUUUCACGCAAUCUGUCCAUCACGUUUGGAGGGGGGAAGUGGGUCCCGUUGUAGGUAAAGUGAUCCAAUGUUCCACGAGAGAUGUUAUGGUGUUGGUGGGGGGAGACAAAUACUUGCUCUUUGUCUCUGCUUCCUUUUUUUACAUCAGGGGUCUCAAUAAGUCCCUUAGCCUACUGAAGUUUUGAAAUGAUCCCGAUUGAUGCAAACGUUCACCAGAUGGAAACGAUGUGCGUAAAGACGCAACAUAAAACCUAUAUUACCGCAACGAAGAUGCCAAAGGAGAUAUUUUUCAUGAAGCUGGUGUUUAUUUGUGUUUUGUAGGGAUCGGAAACUACACUCCCUUUCACCCAUGUAGUCUCGUGCACAGUUUUGACAUACCGCUAAAGCGAGAGCAGCAAGAUGCCUGGAGAGCCUCUCGGGUUUGAGCGUGCCAAGUGAAGAGAAAGCAAAACAUGGCUGGUUUAAUGGCAGGUUUUGGUCAUUACACCCACGCUAUCGUCCGGGGAAUCCCUGCAUCCCUGGCCAAAGAGGCGCUCCGGAGCAGCCAGGAGGCGGUGGAGGUGGACCUGGCCAAGGCGCGGAGGGAACACGAGGCGUACGUCGAGGUCCUGGGCACGAGGCUGGGGCUGGAGGUGGUCGAGCUCCCCGCGGACGAGGCGCUCCCGGACUGCGUGUUCGUGGAGGACGCGGCGGUGGUGUGCGGUGACACGGCGCUGCUCACCAGACCCGGAGCGGAGAGCAGGAGGGGAGAGGCUGAGGCAAUGAAAGGAGCUCUGAAGGAUUUGAAUCUGAACAUCGUGGAAAUGACUGAUGAGAAUGCCACACUGGAUGGAGGAGACGUGCUGUUUACAGGUCGAGAGUUCUUUGUCGGCCUUUCCAAACGGACCAAUCAGAGAGGAGCCGAGAUCCUAGCAGAUGCCUUUAAGGACUAUGCUGUGUCCACCGUGCCUGUCCUGGAAGGUCUGCACCUGAAGAGCUUCUGCAGUAUGGGGGGACCUGGCCUCAUUGUCAUCGGCUCCAGUGAACCUGCACAGAAAGCCCUCAAAAUCAUGCAGCAGAUGAGCGACCAUCGCUAUGACAAACUGACCGUGCCUGAUGACCUCGCUGCAAACUGCAUUUACAUGAACCUGCCAAAUAAAGGACAUGUGCUGCUGCACUGCACAUCGCAGGAGUUUCCAGAGAGUGUUAAGGUGUUUGAGAAGUUGAAAGACCACAUGUUGAUCCCUGUGUCCAACAUGGAGAAGGUCAAAGUGGAUGGAGCCCUCACAUGCUGCUCUGUACUCAUCAACAAGAAGGCCAACAUCUGAGCACGUUCACCAGGAUGUCUCUCAGUGCAGUGGUAGAAGAGCGGGGCAUGACACCGACCACCAAGGACCCAGAGGUUUAGCAAAGCUGUAUUUGUUCUUUGAAAGAGGAAAGUAUGCUGCUGCUGAGGGACAAAGAAAAUCUAAAUUUGAGGGAGAUAUCCAGUCCUAUCCCCCCUAAACACUUACUUUAUAAUAUAAGGUCUUACAGAUAUGUGAAUAGUUGAUUUCUCUUAAUGAAGGCAGUUAAUUUUAGGUUAUAGUUGUGUCCGUAGAAGGAAGUAAUGUUUUGAAUCAAUAUUCAAUUUUGGAUUUGGAUGUAUUACAUUUUCUAUAAAAAGCUUAAAAAUAAGGCAAAAUAUGAAUGAUUUUUGAAUAGUGGGUCAUAUUUUCUUUAAUGUAUUUGCCUUUUAGAAAUUACUCUGCCAUUAAAAUGUAUUUCUAAUUAACAAAUAUGAAGGAGGGUAGCUCUGACCUAUGGUCAAAACAGGAGUACACCUUGUGCCAUAGAGCAACCCUUUUGUUUGUAGACCAAUCAGUGCUCAUUGUGAUGUUUUACGGUGUAAACCAUACAUUAUAGAGCACUAAACCAACAAAAUCAGAUAGAUCUAUUUGGGGGAAAUACUUAUUAACUAUUAAAAAAAUUCCAGUAUUCAGUGCAGGUUUAUAGGAAAGGCCAUUUAUACAGUUGGUUUCUACUGUUUACAUCCAUCAUUUCAACUGUGAUUUAGUUUUGUGUGUAUCUGGUAAUAUAAUGCAAAUGAUGCUCAUUUGUAAUGUAUUUUUGAAGAACUGUAUUUAAACACAAGAUGAAGGAAAGGAAUCUGCUACUGAUGUAACAUGAAAACCUCAAUGAUUCUUUACAAUUUGGGUGUUAAAUUGCUGCUAAUUAUUAAACAGUUGGUGCUGA